UUUUUUUUUUAAUUGUUGGUUUGCCUUUUUUCCCCCCUGUUUGUUUUUCCACUAUGGAGUUUCUGGCUGGACCCUGGAAUAAAGAUUGGGCUUCGUUCUUGCAAUUUUGGUUGACUGUCAUCCUAAGCCUCCAAAUGCAAUUCAGCCCAGGUGCCUCUUGUCCGCAAGAGUGUCGUUGUGACAAAGGGUUUGUGUACUGCAACGAACGCAGCCUGACAUCAGUGCCUCUGGGGAUACAGGAGGGCUACAAGGUCCUCUACCUCCACAACAACCAGAUCAACAAUGCUGGUUUCCCUGUGGAACUUCACAAUCUGGUCUCCGUAGAAACUGUGUACCUGUACGGCAACCAGCUGGACGAAUUCCCCGUGAAUCUGCCCAAAAACACCAAGGUCCUGCACCUCCAGGAGAACAAUAUCCAAACAAUCUCCAAGGCAGCUCUUGCCCAAUUGACUAAACUAGAGGAGCUACACCUUGACGAUAACUCCAUCUCCACAGUAGGGGUGGAAGAAGGGGCCUUCAGGGAGGCGGUAAGCCUCAAACUCCUCUUCCUCACCAAGAACCACUUAAGCAGCGUUCCCAUUGGUCUUCCCGAAGACCUGAAGGAGCUGCGGUUAGAUGAGAACCGCAUUGCUGUCAUUGCAGAGGAGGCCUUCCAGAAUGUGACACGUCUACAGCGCCUCCUGCUGGACGGGAACCUGCUGACAGAUGAGGGCAUCGCACCAGGGACCUUCCAGGACCUGGCCACCCUCCGUGAGUUGGCUCUGGCCCGCAAUUCACUAACUUUCCCCCCUCCUCUCUUGCCCAGCCAGUCGCUGGUCAAACUUAGCCUACAGGAGAACCAGAUCGACCAGAUCCCCGUGGCGGCGUUUGCGGGUCUAAACAGGCUGGAAAGACUGGAUAUCUCCAGCAACCAGCUUCAAACUCUAACGCAAGGUGUGUUCGAUGGCCUGUCCAGCUUGAGGCACCUCAUAGUGCGAAACAACCCGUGGCGCUGUGACUGCACCGUAAAAUGGGUGGUGGUGUGGCUCAAAUCGCUGCCUUCCUCUGUCAACGCCCGCGGGUUUACGUGCUCGAGUCCGGAGAAGGUGCGUGGCAUGACAAUCAGAGAGCUCACGCUGGAUAUUAUCGAGUGCCCCAUUCAACCCGACCAGCCACCCUGGCCCACCCUCCGCUCCACACCCCCUCCCCCACCCACCACCACCCCUGUCACCACCAUGAUUUCCACCCUCAUCACUUCAUCCAUCCCUUACUACUUUGACUCCCCCUCCCCCACGCUGCCCCCCUUACUUAACAACCCUGCCGGACCCCUGCCUCCUUACGAGGACCCUCUUCAGAUCUCCUUCCACGUGGUCAACUCCACCAACAUCGACGUGAGCUGGGCUUCCUACUUUACUGUCACCGCCUACAAGGUCACUUGGGUCAAAAGGGGCCAAAGCCAAAUCAACGAAGGAAUGCAGGAGAGGACGGUGAGCGGGGACCUGCGGCGCAUCAGCCUCACCAACCUGGAUCCCCGGUCUGUGUAUCGGAUCUGCGUGCACGUCCUGGACACCCUUAAUUCCUAUAGGCCUGGGGAGGAUACUAUAUGCUCCGAGGCCAGGACCAAGCCGCCAGUGACCACCAAGCCUCCGGGCAGAGAGCAGGCUCCUCAGGACAGCAUCAGCUCCACGCUGCUAAUGGCUGGGAUCAUAGGAGGGGCUGUUCUUAUCGUCCUGGUUACGCUGCUCAGCUUGUUCUGCUGGCACAUGCACAGGAAGAACCGGUCGUCUUCGACCAAGUGGAAAUACAACCGCGGCAGGAGAAAAGACGACUACUGUGAGGCUGGAACCAAGAAGGAUAACUCCAUUCUGGAGAUGACUGAGACCAGUUUCCAGAUAGUGGCGCUGAACAAUGAGCAGCUGCUCAAGGGAGAUUUCCGCAUCCAGCCCAUCUACACUCCCAACGGGGGCAUUGGAUUUAGAGACUGUCACCUCAGUAACAACAGCAUAGCCUACUGCAAGAGCAGCAACGUGCCCAGUACAGAGUUCUGCCACACGUGAUGCUGCAGACACUCAGUACAGCAGCAUACACACACACACACACACACACACACACACACACACACA